CACACACACACACACACACACACCAAAUUGCACUUUUCACACAGCUCCCGUGGAAGCAUCCCACACUCCUCGGAGGAUCUGUCUUCCCUUCUCUCUUUCAUGUGACUUAUUAUCCUUAUUAUUAUGGGAUUUGUCUUCUCUUCUCUUCUGGUGUCUUCUGAGAUAACACCAGCGAGUGUCUAGCAGAGAUGGAAGAGCUUUGACUUGCGUCAGCCUGCAGUCACAUUAUGGUUCUGGGCCGAGCUGUCAACAUGAGUUUGAUGGACAUUUCGAAGAUCUUCUCCCUGCUGCAGCCCAAGGAGGAGGAUGAGGACAGCGAGCAGUGUCAGGCCUUGAACAACGCAGUGAGCAGCGACGACGUGGCCCUGCUCUCCGAGCUCCUGUCUCAGGAGACGUUCAGGAGGUCCAUCAAUGCUCGGAGCGGGUGGGGGGUCCCUGUGACACCCCUGCGCACUGCUGCUGCUCACGGACACCUGAGGUGCUUGGAGCUGUUGUUGGAGCACGGUGCAGAGAUCGACAGCCUGGACGUGAAGGCCCAGACACCCCUGUUCACAGCUGUCAGUGGGAAACAUCUGGACUGCGUGGUCGCCCUGCUGAAGGCCGGAGCCGAUCCCAACGGCAGCCAGUACAACAACUGCUCCCCGGUGCUGACUGCCGCCCGUGAGGGCGACCUCGACGUGCUCCGAGAGCUGCUGAGGUACAGGGCUGAGGUGGAUGUGAGACCCAAAGUCCCCGAGUGGGCCUCCAACGCCACGGCCUGCAGGGGGCCCCUUUACAUCUCAGCUGUUUAUGGACACCUGGACUGCUUUAAACUGCUGCUCCUCCACGGGGCCAACCCCAACUACAACUGCACCGAUGAGAAGAUGCUGGCCCGGAUCAAGCAGCCAAAGACAGUCCUGGAGGUGUGUCUCCGUUACGGCUGCGGGGUGGAGUACAUCCAGCUUCUCAUAGACUUUGGGGCCGACGUGUAUCUGCCUACACUGAUCAUCGAUAAGACUACCAAGCAGAAUGAGGCUCUGCUUCUGCUGCUCAAAGAGAGAGUUUACCCCAAAACACUGAUGUCUCAGACCCGGCUAGCAAUCCGAAGAUACCUCCUCCCAGCCAAUAAGGAGGAGGCCAUUGACAAUUUGGACAUUCCUCUCAUCCUGAGGAACUACCUGAAGCAUGACACCUCUGAACUCAUAUGAUGCUCACGUUGGCAUCAGGAUAUAUGGCCAGUGAUGUUCUUCUUCUUUCUUUUUUUUUUUUUUUUUUAACCUCAUUUCUGUGCCUCCGUGACUAGCUCAUUCAUUUUUAGCUCUUUCAAGGACAAGAAAAUGGACACACACAAUUGUCAGUGAAGUUUUAUUUAUCUCUGGCUCCCUAGGGGGUCACUGUAAUUUCCCAGCUCUGAAAAUUCUUGGGUUUUUUAAAUUUAUAUAUGUUUAUGUAUGAAGUUUAUAACGUGUGAGUAUUUUAAAGCAGAUAUUUAAGCGCUACAAAGCUUACAGAAGUGCCUUUGUCAAACACAGAGAGACAGUCAUCCCAUACGGGCUCCAUGUUGGAAAGUGUGCCCUGUCCUUGAGCAGUGUAACACCACAGUCGACCACUAGAGACCACAGUAACACUGUCGAUGCUCCUGCUCCAAAUAUGAGGCUUCUCAUUGGCUGAUGAGAACAUCUGCUAAUGUCUCUUCGCGUCACCUUUAGCUCCGUCUUUUGUACAGGUGACAUCGAACAAUCCCAAAAUAGUCUCCCUUUAGUCAUUUAAACAUCCAGACACAUCUGGAGAAGCCCCCCCCCCCCCACACACACACACACAAACACACUGAUAAGAGGCUGAAUCUCACCAGGGUGUCUUAGAUCUUGCCUGAAAAACAGUCUUGCAUCUUCAAAACAUUAGGAAGCGGAGUGAUCAGCCUACACUUCGGCACAGCCAACUUGGGAGAAUAUAUUUGCAUAAGUCUCAUUACUUAUUGAUUACAGCACAGUUGUUUGCAGGCUACAAUGUGUGGCUGGAAGUUAGUUGAAAAUGUUUUCUUUUGUGACUCGUGAGCACCGUCCGAUCACAUCAUUAUAUCAUGUUUUCCUGCCCUUGAAUCUUUCUUUUGUAUUACUCAACGACUCCGUAGUGAG